GGGACAAAAGAAAAAAAAUUCAACACCACUGUUGAGAUAUAUGCAAUUUUUUGGUGCACUUGCCCCCUUGAACACCCCUAGUUAAACAAAAGAUAAAAUGGUAAUAUAAGCGCAGUUUGCCAUACAUCUGAACUUCGGGGCAAAGUAGCAGUUUGUAAAAUUCGAAAGGAUCAGAAUGCUAAAAUUGAAUAUUUGGUCUUCGACCGCAACAUAGGCACCGCUUCUCACUCGUCCGCUACUCUCACUAAUCACUGGAGUUGUUUACAUUGCAGAAUAUGUGAAAUUGCUCGUGAUUGGACGCUUAGGUUUGCAGCAUGUUAUGAAAAACAAAAGCACAAGGCAAGGUGUAUGACUUAAGGCUUGAGGCUGUUUAGGUUCCAAGUUUUUGUUAGCAUUCUCAGGCUAAUAACUUGUGGUUCUUGAGGCAUAAUCUUGGCAUUGACACAUCUCCUUUACAGGGCUCCCUUCUCUUAAAAUGCUUCAAUCUCUGUAUAAAUGCCAAAGACACUUGUGUACAAAGAUCAGGAAAAGCAGCGUCUUCGUGCAGUUUGUGUCAACUAGCUGUAGCAGCAACAUCACAAAUGACGAGAGCAAGUCACUCAUUAGCUUGUGUCGCAGGAAGUCGCAUGGUUUAUCAAAAGAAACCAUCAUUAGUGAAGCAAAAACAGUCCAAUUAGACACUCAUGCAUGUUCAGAAGUUUCAGCUGUAGUUGACUUCUUCCAAAACCAUGGGUUUUCUGCAACCCAAGUGAAGAAAAUAGUUAGAAUGCGCCCUUGUUUAUUAGCAUCGAAGGUGGACAAAACCCUAAAGCCCAAGUUGAAGUUCUUGCAAUCAAUUGGCUUUUCUGAAGAUGAAUGCAGCAAGAUUAUCUGUUAUAACCCCAACAUACUCCUCAGUAGCAUAAGGAAACUACUGACUCCAUCCUUUGAUUCCCUGAAGACUUUCAUGGGUAGUAAAGUGCAAGCAAUGGAUGCCGUCAGACGAAGUCCACAAAUCCUUAGUCGAAAGAUCUCUCAUAAUUGGAAGCAGACUGUACAGGUAUUGCACCAAAUUGGUAUUCCUGAUUCUCAAGUUUCAGAGUUUAUUUUCAAAUCUCCAAUUAUCUUGACCAUAAAUCCCCAAAAAAUGAGUGUGGUUGGCUUGAGGCUCAAGGAAAUGGGGUUUGAUGUUACUUCUCCAGCAUUUAGGAUAGCUUUUACCACAAUGUCGAAAGUUAGUCACUCCAAUCUGGAAAGGAAAUUGGAAACCUACAGAAGUGCGGGCUUUUCAGAUGAGGAGAUCCUUAAUAUUUUCAGAUCACAGCCGACUUGCAUGUUUUAUACUGAGGAGAAUAUCAGGUCACUUGUGGCAUUCUAUGUUGAUAGACUACAUUUGAGCCCGUCACACUUGUCACAAAGACCGGCUUUUCUAUUGCGUAGCCUGAAGAGGAGGGUUAUUCCAAGGUGUUCUGUGAUGCAAGUUUUGUGGUCAAGAGGCAUUGUUCCAGAAGCUGGCAAGCUAUCCACUAUAUUAAUGAUUAGGGAAAAGGACUUCUUACAGAAGUAUGUUACUAGAUAUGAAGCAAAAGUUCCUGAACUGCAGGCUGCCUACCAGGGCGAACUUAUGUUCAAAGAGUACAGUUUUCAUUUGCGUGAAAUUCGCCAGAUUUCAAUGUCAAAGGGAUCAUCUUCAAAAACUAAAGUAGCUUAGUCCUCGCACCAUAUGCUGUCUCAUACCUCUUCAGUUUUCUUGUUUUAGCACCAUUUGCUAUCAGAAGCUUAGUUUUUGAACCACUUGCUGUCACAUUCUUGGUGUUUGAUUGCAUGAAGAUCAUCCCAAGUAAAAGUAGAUUAUGAUACUUCGAAGCCGUUGGGGUGGUCAUUUGAAUAUUUAUAUGAAGGUGUUUGACUA